CAGACUUCAGCGCAAAAUAUAGUUCAAGGUCACCCUAGCGUACGGUUGUCGAUAAAACGAACAAGGCUAUAAUUUAUGGACGAACUAAACGCGAAAUUCACUAAUCGAUUUUAAUAAGUAGAGUCCUUGCAUUAUAGCUGAUGUAAGUUCGUGUUGAAAACUCGAGAUCUAAUGCCAAAGCUUAAUCGUCAACUCUAUAUUAUUAGUUCCAACACUAACCCAAGGGGUAACAAACAAAAACCUUAGACACAACAUAGCACAACGGAUUGUAGACACAACUCCUUCUCCUUAAGAGUUGUCAAAUGCUGGAAUUCGCUGCCAGCCGAGCUAGUCCAAACGUCUUUCCAGGAGUCCUUUAAGAGGCAACUUGAUCUAAUUUUAAGGAAUAAGGAUAGUAUCACACCAUGAUUUACUAAUUUCUUCUUCGCCUUUUAUUGUUAACAUACCUAGGUUCCUGCCUGGAGGUUUUGGUGAUCCCCUGCUUCUAGACACGGAAGCCUGUUUAGCGAAAGCUUCUUCCGUUCCGUCCGCAACCAUUUGAACCAUUCUAAUUCCUCACACAGGUUCGUAACCCUCAUUUGGUCCUGGUUACUAGGUAGACACUCUCCAGGCCAGUCUAGCGUCGCUCAAAGCUCGUCCAUAAAUUAUAGUCUCAUCACGCAAACUUCUAUUCUUAAAUGUAUUUACUAGAAUUAACGUAGAAGUAUAUUUCGGUAAUAUUUAAUGAUUGAUGCUUUUCGACCUCACAGGCCUCAUCAAAUGUCUUUUAUUGUCAAUAAAGAACUAUGAGUAGUUCGCUGCACAACAAUCUGAGAGAAGUUUUUGGUUGCGAUGCUGUAGAUUCUUGUUUUUGUAAAGAAUUAUUUUUCGAACAAGUCGUAUAUUUCUUACAAACUUCAAACUUAACAUCACAACUCGCUACGCUGGUGGAAGAAUGUAAUUGUUUGGUGAGUAUUUCUACUAUCAAUCUUUAUCAUACUCUUGAUGAUGAUAAUGAUCUUCUGAGGUUACUGUGUUUGUUCAUAAAAUUGAUUGGUAAUUUAAAUGAUGAGUUGAAUGCAUAUCUUGGAUCUAUCCUCGACUCAAGAUUGGAGUCAAUAAUGAAUGACAAUAGAAUAAUGAGCGAUGUACAGUGCCUUGUUACAUCGGUGUUAAGUUCAUUGAAAUGUGAAAAUUUAUUACAACCAUUAUGGCAUAGUUAUUUGUGUUUAGAACUUGAGUCAGCUGAAAUGGAUACUGAAGAGUCGAAUAUAUUCUCUUCCAUAAUUUGUCCAAACAUUACAGACAGAAAAAUGCAAAUUUUGUUAUCAGCCCGGAAUUCAACUCAUAAUCAUUCUCUAGUCAGUUGGAAUAAUUUAUAUCGACAUUUAUGUGCACCUUAUAUUAAAGAAGCUCUAUCAUACAGAACAAAGUUAUUGUGUUCUGAAAAUUAUGCCGAACGAUUUCUAGAUUCAAUAAUAAAAUAUAAAAACUGCGUACUGAAAAAAGUUCUCAUACCUAGACUAUUUUCAAGAAAAAGUGAUGUACAUGAUAUCAAUUCUGAGUUAUCGGAUGAAAUUGUAUAUAAGACAUUCUAUUUAGUUCAUAAACCUGAUAUGUUUUCAUUAGUUAUUGAAUACCCAGACUCUGUUGCUGCGCUUAUGGACCUGGGUAAAUGUUUGGAUAAUCUCCCAAUACGUCAAGAUUUGAUUACUCACCUAACCGAAGAAGUAAGUUAUCCAAUUUUUUGUUGUUGCCAUUUCACUGUAAAUAUGGACUUGCUGUUGUUGAGAUGUAAGUGUCUCAUUUAUCUGCCUCUUUUAAUGUUUGCGAUAUUCAUAACAGUAAAGCGAAAUCAUGAAUGGGCUAAUGGCUGUAAAUAACUAUGACAAGUGCGUUCUAAACUUCCCAUCCGUAGCGAGAUUCUAAGACACCAAUUAACAAUCCGAUCCAUAUUCUGCAACUGGUCUAUUUAGCUUCUCUAGGAACAUAAGUACUAAUUCGUCUGUCAUAAUUUAGAAAGCGAUUCACUAACUCUAAACUAGGCAUGUGAUUCAUCCUAACCAACAGAGCUGCUUACGUAUUGUUGCCAAUAAAUGCGAGCAAUACGACAGGUGUAGUGGUGUUCUAUUAUCUUCUAGUCGAAGAGUGCAAAACUCAGUGCAUCAUAGCACUACACACAUAAUUGAUUCAUCAUCCCGUUAAACCGCUAACUGCUGGUUCCAGCCAUGUAAAUGGUGUACAGUUUUUAUUUGGAGUCUACACAACAACUGUAAUGUGACAAUAAAACACCAGAGUAGCUCGGCUAAGAAAUCCCUUCUCAAUGAUCCCACUGGAAAUUAUUCAUGUUAUAGGUCAUUGUUGAUAACAAACAUUAUAAAUUAACAUCCUAAGAUGAUUAUAUUAGAGAUUUCACAGCUUUGAAGACAUCUUCUUACUGAACUACUCUUGUUUUUUUGUCUCAGUAGAUGUUAAAUGCUGAAACAGAACCGAUGUACACCUAUGCAAGGCAAUAGUUUCCAUACAACUGACUAACACACAACCUUUCAUUACCAGACCAAUGUUACAACGUUGUAGAAGUUGUGAUUCAUAUCAAAACAUACUAUUCCUAACUUUACUCACUUAAAUGCUAAUUUUGCCAGCAAUAACAAUACUUCCACUCACAUAACUACCUAAACACACAAUCCUUCACUUUAUGAGUACAAACACCGACUCCUUCCAGUCUUAUUGAAGUAGUUUAUACUUAACUAAUUUAACGCAUCAACAUAAAUAAGGCUAUUUUCAUCGGACAUCAGAAUCUUUUGAUCCAGACUGUUCAUUGAUUUACACUCAACAAAGUAUCGAAUGUAUUGUUGUAUUUAGUCAGAAUCAGUUUAUCUUUUAUUAUAUCAUCUUGAUAUGAACAUGUUUCUUCAAUAUACCAAUUUAUUAUAACUCACUUAGGUUCAACAACGAUUAUUGCAUCCAGGUGUCCAUACUGAACAAAUUUUAGCUGCUUAUAAUUACUUAGUACGAGCUUUACGUUUAAUCGAUAGUACAUUUCUGGUACAAGAUAUAGUUUGCAAACCAGUCUCGGCAUGUCUUCGGCAAAGAGAGGAUGCGGUUCGUUGUAUAGUUGAUAAAUUAAUAUCUGGCCCAGAAACCGAUGGUGAAGACGAUGAAAUUAAAGCUGAAGCAUACACUGAUACAACUACAGAACUUCAUCAAGAAUUAUUAUUACCUAAACCAUUGGAAGUUGAACCAUUGGAUGGUGGUGAAGAUAGUGAUGCUGAUAUUGUCUAUGAAGACCCACCAUUUGACUCCGAUAUACAUUCUGCUAACUCAGAUAAACAUUUUCUUUUGGAAAGUGAUUGGAAACCAGAUCCUAUUGAAGCUUUAUGUCAACGAGGAUCUUGGCGUCGUAAAUUAGAUCUUUUAAGCAUGUUAGUUAGUAUUUAUGGAAGUAAGAAAGCAUUUUUAGUUGAAUACAAACAAUUAUUGAGUCAACGUUUAUUAAGACAGAGAAGUUUCCAUACAGCAAGAGAAUUAAGAAAUUUGGAGCUGUUAAAACUUCGGUUUGGCGAACAGAAUUUACAUGAAUGUGAAGUUAUGCUUAAAGAUAUUCGAGAUUCGAAACGAAUUGCUAAUUUAGUAUCAGAAGCUACGUCAAAUAAUUUAAAAGGAAAGCAUUUAGAUCAAACAGAUAAAUUAUUAAACAGUCCUACCCUUGCUCCUGAUGGUAAUGAAAUCAUGGAAUCAGAUGAAACACAGUUAAAAGUUGAUUGUUUGGAGAAUAAAGCAACGUCUGUCGUAUGUGUUACUGGCGCUACUACGACUCCCAUUACUACGGCCAGUAACGAUGAUAAUUUUAUUUUGAGCAGUAAUAUUAGUAGUGCUAAUAAUAUUGCUUUUCCUUUAUCUGCUUACAUUUUAUCUAUUCAUUAUUGGCCAGAAUUGCUUGAUGAUAAAUUUAAAAUACCUGAAGAUUUUCGUCCAGUAUUUGAACACUAUGAACAAUGUUUCCAACGUCUUAAAGGCAAUAGAACACUCAAUUGGAUGCAUAAACUGGGUCUAGUGAAUAUCGAUCUUACACUUGGCAAACGUAGCGUGAAAAUUGAUGUUACACCGUUGCAAGUAUCAAUUGUUCAUCUAUUCACAAAACAACGUACUUGGUAUAUAAGAGAUUUAGCUCAAAAACUAGAAAGUCAAAUCUCCACUAUUCGAACUAGUUUAUAUAUGUUUAUUCAGUUAGGAUUUAUACGACUAUCUGAUUCACACGAUAGUAAUAACCAUGUAAAUUUUACAAGUGAAAAUCUAGAAAUCUAUGAAGUUUGUGAUGAGACAGAUACGACUAAUUCAAAUGAGAAGUUAAGUAAUUCAAAUAGUAUAAAUUAUUCAAAUGAUCCUGAGAAAAUUGAUUCAAACACUAUUGAAGCAACAAAUAAUUGGAUGUUUACAUCACAAGAUCAUUCUGAUUCACUUGUAGCUAGUGUUAGAGAACGUAAAGAAAAGGAAUUACAAGUAUUUUGGUCUUAUAUCACUGCUAUGUUAACAAACCUUGGAAGUUCGUCCUUAGAUCGAAUCCAUUCGAUGCUUAAAAUGUUCGCACUCGGUUCUACAUCCAGUUUAGGAUUUAAUAGAGAUGAACUACGCCGAUUUCUAGAUAAGAAAAUUAGAGAAGGCCAACUAAGUUAUGAUGGUGAAAUGUAUAAAUUAACAAUCCCUGAUGUGUAAAUACUUUAAGUGUAUUGUACAAAUAAAUAUCGUAAAAUCUUUUUAAUUUAAAAUUACUGUAUAUUUCUUCAUUGUCGUUUAAUAACAAAAACAUAAAUUUUCUAGGAAUUAAGUAAAGUAGCGAAUCACCCUGUAUUUUUCUAUGCCUGUGAAAC